GUUUAGCGUGCGCGCCUUCUCUCGGCUCAUCUCGGCCACACGGGCCAUAUGGAAUGUGGGCUGGUGGCGCGUCGAUGCCGGAGCCGGGCCCGACCAUGUGCUAGAUCCGUCUUACAUCUUCGGCAUUGCUCGUUCGCGACAGCGCUUUCCCCCGAGCCACAUCGUUCGCCGGCUUCGAACAUACUCGAUACACACGUACAAUUAACUCGAUCGUCGAUACCAGUCGAUCACCAGCAGAAAAGCAAAAUUUCCAAUUCGCCGUCUUUCUAUUCUAAUCUCUCCUUUCUCAUAUGUCAAAUAAUAAAAAGUGUAUUAAAGCAAGUUCUAAACAAAUGCGUCGCUGGAGCUUCUGCAAGGGAAAUAUGUGAGUUUAGUGACAAAAUACUUACAGAGGAAACUAGUAAAGUCUUCAAAAAAGAGAAAGAACUUAAAAAGGGGAUUGCUUUUCCAACAUGCAUAUCAGUCAACAAUUGCAUUUGCCAUUUCUCUCCUAUUGCUAGUGAACCUGACCUGAUUCUUAAAGAUGAAGACAUGGUUAAAGUUGAUCUUGGAGCACAUAUUGAUGGUUUUAUAGCUGUAGUAGCACAUACCAUUGUUAUAGGAUCUUUAGAGAAAAAAGUCACAGGCAAAAAAGCAGAUGUAGUUUUAGCUGCGCACUAUGCUUCUCAAGCUGCAUUAAGGCUUUUGAAACCAGGUACAGAGACUUACACAAUAACAGGCACUGUGGAGAAAAUAUGUGACGCCUAUAAAUGUAAACCUAUUGAAGGCAUGUUAAGCCACCAAUUAAAACAAUUCAAGAUCGAUGGAGAAAAAACAAUAAUUCAGAAUCCAAAUGAUGCGCAAAAGAAGGAACAUGAAAAGUAUACUCUCGAGACUCACGAGGUCUAUGCAAUGGAUGUACUAGUGAGUACAGGUGAAGGAGUAGGAAGGGAACAGGACACUCGUGUUACGAUAUACAAGAAGACAGAGGAGACAUAUCAGCUUAAACUGAAGGCGUCUCGCAUGUUUUAUUCAGAAGUCUCUCACAAACAUGGUCUCAUGCCUUUCAAUUUACGUACCUUCGAAGAUGAGAAAAAAGCAAAAAUGGCUGUUGUUGAAUGUGUAAAUCAUAGAUUGAUCGAGCCGUUCCAAGUGCUGUAUGAAAAACCAAACGAGUACGCGGCACAAUUCAAAUUUACGGUACUUUUGAUGCCUAAUGGACCUCACAAAAUUACGGGAAUUCCUUUUGACCUCGAUAUGUAUCAAUCUGACUGUGUUGUGGACGAUCCUGAAUUGAAGACCCUUUUGUAUUCUUCGGCAAAUCCGAAAUCAGCGAAAAAGAAGAAAAAGAAGGCUGAGAAAGCUGUAGGAGACGUUGCCGUGGAAGUCGAUGCUAAGGCCUAACAUUGUCAUUUUAAGACGUAUCACGACUCAAAGGCGUCGUGCACUACUCCGAUACUUUUUAUUUAGUAAUCUAAACUGGCAAAGGCUGGACACUUUCAAAAUACGGAUCAAUCAGCAUAGCUAUACUUUC